CGGGGACACCGCGCUGCCACCGCCCCGCGCCCGACCCGCCGCUGUCCCCAACGCCGCGCUGCCCGGGGACGGCUCCGCCGCCUGCAUCGCUGCCCCCGGGGGCGGGGGGGGGGAGGAGGGCAUCGCUGGAAAGGGACGGGGGUUCUCCCCGCAUCGGAGCUGGGCGACCUGGAGGAUCUCCCGGCGGUAGCUGCAGGGCUCUCCCAGGACCUGAUGGCUUUCUGAUACGUCACUCCUGAGGGGCUGGCAGGAGCAUGGUUAAACACCAACCACUGCAGUACUACGAGCCACAGCUAUGCUUAUCAUGCCUGACCGGGAUCUACGGCUGCCGAUGGAAACGGUACCAGCGGUCACAUGAUGACACUACCAAGUGGGAGCGCCUCUGGUUCCUGAUCCUCACCUCAUCCUUCUUCCUGACUCUGGUCUGGUUUUACUUCUGGUGGGAAGUUCACAAUGACUACAAUGAAAUCAACUGGUUUUUAUAUAACCGAAUGGGAUAUUGGAGUGACUGGUCUAUUCCAAUACUUGUAACAACUGCUGCUGGCUUUACGUACAUUACAGUGUUAUUGAUACUAGCACUAUGUCACAUAGCUGUGGGACAGCAAAUGAACCUACACUGGCUUCACAAGAUUGGCCUGAUGACGACCUUGAUAACCACCGUGGUGACAAUGUCAUCGAUAGCACAGCUCUGGGACGACGAAUGGGAGAUGGUAUUUAUCUCACUGCAGGCCACAGCCCCUUUCUUGCACAUAGGAGCACUUGCAGCAGUCACAGCCUUGUCGUGGUUGAUAGCGGGGCAGUUUGCACGAAUGGAGAAAGCCACUUCUCAGAUGCUGAUGAUCACUGCAUACCUCGCGGUCGUAGUUGCACUUUACCUCGUCCCCCUCACCAUCUCAUCCCCUUGCAUAAUGGAGAAGAAGGCUCUGGGACCAAAGCCAGCCAUCAUAGGUCACCGUGGGGCACCGAUGUUGGCACCAGAAAAUACCCUGAUGUCCUUCCAGAAGGCAGUGGAGCAGAAGAUAUAUGGAGUCCAGGCUGAUGUUGUACUAAGCUAUGAUGGAGUGCCAUUUCUGAUGCAUGACAAGACACUCAGGAGAACAACGAAUGUGGAGGAAGUGUUUCCAGGGCGGGCCUACGAACACUCUUCCAUGUUCAACUGGACUGACCUGGAAAUGCUCAAUGCUGGAGAGUGGUUCCUAAGGAACGACCCUUUCUGGACAGCUGGAUCCCUCUCAAGGUCUGACUACUUGGAAGCUGCAAACCAGUCUGUCUGCAAGCUAGCAGAUAUGCUGGAGGUGAUCAAGGAUAAUACAUCACUCAUCCUGAACUUCCAGGACCUGCCACCAGAUCAUCCCUAUUACACGUCUUACAUCAACAUCACCCUGAAGACCAUCCUGGCGUCAGGAAUUCAGCAACGAUCUGUGAUGUGGCUGCCGGACACGGAGCGGCAGCUGGUCAGGCAGAUUGCUCCAGCUUUCCAGCAGACUUCUGGCCUCAAGUUGGAUGCAGAGCGCUUGAGAGAGAAGGGCAUCGUGAAACUCAACCUGCGUUACACCAAGGUCACGAAUGAGGAUGUCAGAGACUACAUAGCAGCAAACCUGAGCGUGAAUCUGUACACUGUGAAUGAGCCCUGGCUGUACUCCAUCCUGUGGUGCACUGGUGUCCCGUCGGUCACCUCCGACAGCUCCCACGUCCUUCGCAAGGUGCCUUUUCCCAUCUGGUUGAUGCCUCCAGACGAGUACCGCCUAAUCUGGAUCACAUCCGAUCUCAUUUCAUUUAUCAUAAUUGUAGGAGUUUUUAUAUUCCAGAACUAUCACAUGAUCAGGUGGCGCUUAGGAAGCAUCAGGACCUACAACCCAGAGCAGAUCAUGCUCAGCGCUGCCGUCCGCCGGUCCAGUCGGGAUGUCAAGAUCAUGAAGGAGAAGCUGAUCUUCUCAGAGAUCAACAACGGCGUGGAGACCACAGACGAGCUGUCCCUCUGCUCUGAAAAUGGCUAUGCCAACGAGAUGGUCACCCCCACGGAUCAUCGGGACACCAGGCUGCGGAUGAACUGAGGGUCUCCAGCCCAAGCCCACGUCUGGCCAACCCCGUGUUUGCAAUGAGAGCUGCGCUCUCCUGCUCUCCAUGGGAUGGGAAACUUUGAUGAACUGCUGGCCGGGCAGAGAUCCCUUUCCAUUCCACCAUCAGUGGCUGCUCCACCUCUCUGGUUCUGAGAUUGAGGGGCUUUUUUUUUUUUUUUUGUAAAUAUGUAGAAAAUCUGAAUUCCUUUUUGUCUUUUUUUUUUUUCUUCCUUGAGUGUAAUUUUUCCAGGGCAUGAGUGGAAAUACCGUGUUCAUUAAACCCUCUACGUUAUGGCUGAAGUUAUUUGAACCUUGACGUGACAGCCUGAGUCCCCCUGGGGGGAGUUUGGGACAGUUCCCCCCCCCUGCUCCAUUCGUUCCCUUGAUGCAUCGACUGUGUAGCUGAAUUGUUUAAACUGUAUGUUGUGAAGUUCUCGUGAAGUGUCAUUUUCUUUUCUGUUUUCCUCCCCACCUUUUCCCUUCCUGGGCAAUGAAGUGUUAGCUGUAAUUGAACAGGAGCCUGCUUGGAGAAGAGAAGCUUUCCUUGGAGAGGAGAUGGCACUGCUCUUCCAUGUCGGAGUUCAGAGCUGGGGAAGGAGUUGCACUGGCUCAGACACUUGGGCACAUUCUCUCUGUCCCAUUCCCCAUCCCCAAAACUUGGAUGUCGACAGAAAAAUGGCCUUCUUGAAAUGUCUGUAGGCAAAUCCUGGGUGGUAGCUGCAGGUUGGCCUCUGCUGGCAGCAGUGCUUUGAUUUUGCUGUUCUUUUUCUAUCUUCUCCAUGAGUUGGGCUCCAUUGGGCGCCUGGAUGGCUUGCAAAAAGCAAUGCCAUGGGCACCAUCACUGCUCCCAUCUGGCUAAAGUGCCUGCUAUGCCACGUGGCACUUGCAGUUGCUCCUUACUUCACUGCAUCCACGCAGGAAGAGGAGCAGCAGCAGCGUGAGCCCCUCUGUGCCCAGCAGAUGCCCCUGAGUGAAGGAGAUGUAAAUAGUUUGGAAGCUGAAGUAGCCCAGGACAGUAAUUUAUUCCUGCAAGGAGAUGUUUCCUCCUUGCUUUGAAACCAGCAUCUUUAAAGCUGCAUGUCAGCAUCCUCCAGAGGAGCAGCGGUCUUGCAGCAGAUGCACACUCCCAGUGCAAAAGGCUUGAAACCAAAAUCCUAGAGCAGAGAUCUAAAGAAACAUGAAAUAAAGCUUCGAAACCACACUGAUGGUGGUUGUGUUUUAUCCCUGCACUGAUUCAGCCUAGGAGUGGGGUGCUCAGCUCCCUGCUCUCAGUCUCCAAGGUCUCACUGGGCAGAGCCUGUUUUUGGGUCAGCAUUCUGUUUGUGUGGAGCUGGUUCCCAGAGCAGCUGAAUCCAGCUGGAAGGCUGACAGUGAUGUGAAUGGCUCCUGGCUCGGUCCCUGCGGCCUUCUGCUGUUGGGUCACUCCUUCCCUCACCGGAUCUUGGUUGGCACAAUGUGCAAAGUGGGAAAUCCCAUUGAGCACGAGCUUCCUUUGAAGCUUGCUGUGUUCCACCUUGGAAAUGCCAGGACCAUGGGAGCUGUUUCCCAUGGUGGGAAUGUGACCCGAAGCUCAGGCUUUGGGCUGAGCCUGCUUGCUGAGCCCUGGGAGAAGUCGCCUUGUAGAAAAGAAGGGAGGUUUGGGGGAUGUUGAUGUGCCUCCUAAGGCAAACCUGGAAAAGCCAGAAGGAAGCCACAGCAAUCAGCCUCGGGCAGAUCGUCCUUGUUGUGGCAGCACUGAAGUUUUGAAUCUUGAAUGUACUGAAGUAGCAUAUUGAAACCUCAGAAUCUUGGGUUCGGUGCAUAAGAAUGAGAGUGCAGAAGUGGUCGUUGCAGCCAUGUAAAGAGAAAGAAGGCAUGCCAAAGUGACAUAAGGAACAUACCUCUGUUAAGAAUGCAAGCAAACAAAUCUGAACUGUGAUGCUUUGUAAGCACCUUCUAAGCAGCACAAAUUGAGGCUUUAAUUUGUCUGCAUCUACCUUGGGUUUUCAUGAAUGUAGGUGGAAUGAGUCCCUACUCCACGCUCCCCUUUAUCCUCCUCAAAAGCUGAUCUUCUAUAUGGAACUCUCUUGAGUCCAUGACGCAUGGUGGCUGGUUAUUUUUUUUUCCUGCAGAAUCGCAAGGUUUUGGUGGAUUUGAAGGCUUUUGAGAUAAAAGUUGCUUCUCCCCUUACUGAGGUGCUGCACUGAAGCAUUCCUGGCGGGUUGUCAUUGCCAGUGAGAGCUGUUGUUGAAUCUUGGCAUCUGUUGAUAAUCACCUGCAUGUUCUGUUUUUAUCCUUGGAGAUGACAUUAUUGAAAGGUGAAGUGCUUAACAGCUUGGAAGUGUUAAAAGCGAUCCAACCAAGAGUCACUGUCUUCACAAUUCACUUUUUUUUAUGGUGAGACCCAAACUCUAUGCGUAACGCACCGACUGUUACCGUUAUCGUCCUGAAGAUUUGCUACUUUUUUUUUUUAAAGGAAUAUACUUUUUUGAUGAAAAUAGAGCUAGACCGAAAUGAAUUCUGA